GCCCGCCCACUCCCCUUUGCAGGCUGCAGUGGGAUUCCCUUUGCCUCCGGUUGGGGCUGCUGUUUCGCUUCGACGAAGACACUCUGGAACCCCUGCAGUCUUCUCAUCUGGUGACCCUGAGAUGAUGAAGUUUUUGAGUCCUUCCAGAGAGGAAUGCCCCAAGCACCUGGGUAGGGUAGGCAUCAUGGCUGCCAGCUUCGCAGGAUUGCUUCUACUUCAGGCAGUGUCCUGGGCAUCAGGUGCCCGCCCCUGCAUCCCUAAAAGCUUCGGCUACAGCUCGGUGGUCUGUGUCUGCAAUGCCACAUACUGUGACUCUCUUGACCCUCUGACCUUUCCUGCUCCUGGCACCUUCAGCCGUUACGAGAGUACACGCAGUGGGCGUCGGAUGGAACUGAGUACGGGGACCAUCGGGGCCAAUCGCACGGGCACAGGGCUCCUACUGACCCUGCAGCCAGAAGAGAAGUUCCAGAAAGUGAAGGGAUUUGGAGGGGCCGUGACAGAUGCCGCUGCUCUCAACAUCCUUGCCUUGUCGCCUCCUGCCCAGAAUUUGCUACUUAAAUCGUACUUCUCUGAAGAAGGACUUGAAUAUAACAUCUUACGGAUACCCAUGGCCAGCUGUGACUUCUCCAUCCGCAUCUACACCUAUGAUGACACCCCUGAUGACUUCCAGUUGCACAACUUCAGCCUCCCAGAGGAAGAUACCAAGCUCAAGAUACCCCUGAUUCAUCGAGCUCUGAAGUUGUCGCAACGUCCCAUCUCACUCAUUGGCAGCCCCUGGACAUCACCCACUUGGCUCAAGACCAAUGGGGCAGUGAAUGGGAAGGGGUCACUCAAGGGUCAUCCAGGGGAUAUCUAUCACCAGACCUGGGCCAACUACUUUGUCAAGUUCCUGGAUGCCUAUGCUGAACAUAAGUUAAAGUUCUGGGCAGUGACAACCGAAAAUGAGCCUUCUGCAGGGCUGAUUAGUGGGUACCCCUUCCAAUGCCUAGGCUUUACCCCCGAACAUCAGCGAGACUUCAUUGCCCGUGACCUGGGCCCUGCCCUCGCCAACAGUACUCACCGCGACGUCCGUGUGUUCAUGCUGGAUGACCAACGUUUGCUGCUGCCCCGCUGGGCACAGGUGGUGCUGGCAGACCCAGAGGCAGCUAAGUAUGUUCAUGGCAUUGCUGUGCAUUGGUACCUGGACUUUCUGGCUCCAGCAAAAGCCACCCUGGGGGAGACACACCGCCUGUUCCCCAACAUCACGCUCUUUGCCUCAGAGGCCUGUGUGGGCUCCAAGUUCUGGGAGCAGAGUGUGCGUCUCGGCUCCUGGGAUCGAGGGAUGCAGUACAGCCACAGCAUCAUCACGAAUCUCCUGUACCAUGUUGUCGGCUGGACCGAUUGGAACCUUGCCUUAAACCCUGAGGGAGGACCCAACUGGGUGCGCAACUUUGUUGAUAGCCCCAUCAUUGUGGACAUCACCAAGGACACGUUUUACAAACAGCCCAUGUUCUACCACCUUGGCCACUUCAGCAAGUUCAUUCCUGAGGGCUCCCAGAGAGUGGGGCUGGUUGCCAGUGAGAAGAACAACCUGGACACAGUGGCACUGAUACAUCCGGAUGGCUCUGUAGCAGUUGUGGUCGUGCUGAACCGCUCCUCUAAGGACGUGCCUCUUACCAUCAAGGAUCCUGCCGUGGGCUUCCUGGAGACCAUCUCACCUGGCUACUCCAUUCACACCUACCUGUGGCGUCGCCAGUGAUGCAGCAGACACUCGAGGAGGCACCAGGGCUCCGCAUGGACAUUAAAGGGACAGAGUCAACUAA